CCGCUCUCGUCACGACCAUCCCUGCAGAUAGAAGGCCGCCGCUAGUCCAUUGUUAUGGAGGGGUUAAAGACCUCUCGGUUACGGCACUCACACUGCUGCUCAUACAGAAGGAAGCAGCAUAGCCCCUUAUCGAUCCCCGCCUCUACGACAAUAUUCGCGGCUUCAGCAACCCAAACACCAUGACAGCCCGGCCUUGGGAAGAGAUAGCAGCGGAGAAGAAAAAGGAACAGGAGUCACGUAUUCCGAACGAGUGGAAAAUACCAUCAAACGCUCUACCACCGCCUGGCACGAGGGACCUGCGACCAUGGGCACAGAAAAGCGACCUUCUGUCUGCUCGGGAGCUCGAAAUCACCGACGAGAAGUACGACACAACAUCUCUUGCAUCUGCUAUAGCAACAGGCAUGUACUCGGCUGAGGAAGUCACGACUGCCUUUUGCAAACGCGCCGCUAUCGCCCAGCAGCUCACCAACUGCCUCACUGAGAUAUGCUUCCUGGAAGCCAUCAAGGCCGCCCGAGAGCUCGACGCCGAAUUCGAAGAGACAGGGAAGCCCAGGGGACCGCUCCACGGCGUCCCGAUGACGCUGAAAGAAUGCUUCCAUGUCAAGGGCGUUGACGCAAGCGACGGCUAUAUCUCACGAUGCUUUGCUCCCUCGACGUACGACUCAUAUCUCACGCAAAUUCUUCGUUCCGCCGGUGCGCUCAUCAUUGCGAAGACGAACAAUCCACAGACCAUGCUCGUUGCUGAAUCUCACAACAACGUCUUCGGUCGGGCGCUUAAUCCAGUGGUAUCCCACCUCACCUGUGGCGGUAGUAGUGGCGGCGAAGGGAGCAUACAAGCCUUCCGUGGAUCCUCGUUAGGUGUAGGCACAGAUGUCGGUGGCUCGAUUCGGAUUCCCGCCGCCGCUAAUGGUAUCUAUGGCUUCAAGCCCUCCUACGGCAUGCUCCCGUUGCUUGGGUACGCCAACUCGAAUUGGCUUGGGCUGAACACUGGUAUUCCCGCUGUUUGCGGGCCCAUGGGACAUUCAGUGCGAGAUAUGCAACUCUUCAUGCGCGCUGUACGCGACCAGAAGCCCUGGCUUGUAGACCCAGCCGUCAUUCCUUUCGUCUACGAAGCCGGAACCGUAUGCCGGAAACCGGUAAUCGGCGUAAUCCACUCAAACGGUAUCAUUCCACAUCCGCCCAUACUCCGCGGUAUUGCCGAAGCAGCAGACAAACUCAAAGGUGCCGGCUUCAAAGUCAAAGAAUUCCAUGCGCCAUUCACAUUCGCCAAGGUCCGCGAAGUCUCGGAGCAACUCUUCACCAUCGACGGUCUCUCGUACGCCCGCGAGCAGUUCAAUAUAUCCGCUGAACCACCUGUGCCAUCGGUCAUCGACAUCGGCUUCUGGGAUCUUCCUCGGAAGACGCCGGAGGAGCAAUGGGCCUGGAAUGCGAAGAAGAUUGACAUGCAAAAGCAGAUGCUGGACGCAUGGGAGACACAAGGAAUUGAUGUGAUGCUGUGCCCAGCGGGUCCACAUACGGCUGUCGAACCGGGAAAAUGGACGAACGACAUGUACACUGUCUGGGUCAAUGCCAUGGACUAUCCGGCAGUUGUCAUUCCAAUUGGAGUGGCGGAACCAGAGAAAGACCCAGUAGCUGACGGAUUAGUGUUUUCAUCCACAGCGGACGAGGCGAACCAAGCUAUGUACGAGCCGUCGAAGAUGGCCGGGGCGCCGAUAGCACUGCAGAUUGUUGGAAAGAGGCUGAGCGACGAGCAAUUACUCGUAGAUGUAGGAGUCAUCGAGGAAGCAUUGAAGGGAUGAAUCAUGCCAGAUACACACCUGUAAACGGCGUCCGCCAUUCUGACCUGGCAUUGGACUCGUCACCAAACAUACGGCAGUUACGUGGAUAGAUUUCACUGUCGCAAAUGUCACAGAGGUACUUCAAUCUCUCAUUUACACAAGUCAAUUCACAAUGCGUCGCAUUCCAUAUGUUAACCCCGUACACAUAUCUCCUUUCUCCCCCAGUUUCCCUAGCCCAGAAUUUCCCACAGCUACACCGCAGCGCACAUGUACAGCUCCUCGAAGAAUCCCCCAUCGUGGCCUAACCCCUCUACUCGCUCAUCUACAGAAUCAGGACCGCAAUCUAGCAACCACGAGUCACCGCGCGUAUCGACGGAAGAACGAC